UGGAUCCAGCGAUAAGUUAACCAAUUCAUUCUCCCGCUUCCUAUUUUCUAGUUUCCGAAAGACGGCUAGUUCUAGACCACCACCAUCCAUGUGCAGGGCAAUAAAUUGAUCGGUAGCAGAAUGGAACUAGAACUUGUUUAUCCACACUAAAAGGUAAAGAUCUAACCGCUGGUUCUGCGAUCAGCUCCGACAUGUGUUUCUGACUGCCCGAGGUUUGAAAUCGAUCGUUCUCCCUUGGAGUUCUCAGCUUAAAAUGAUCGGCUCUCACUGGAAUUCAAUAUUCCUACUCUUUCCUGUGCUCUUCUGUUGUGGGUCUUCUGAUCCCAGCGUAUCAACAAUGCUGCAGCUGAGGGAUAGCGCGGAGUUUUCCUACACAGUGACCAACCUGUUUUUGGAUCUCAUAAGAGGGAAUGCCCCACCUACUGUUGUUUUGGAAGUCUAUACAAACGUUAUGAGUGAGUUCCUUGGCCUUAUGGUGAUUUUUCUUCCAGUUAACCAGCGAUCGGACUCCAGAGUGCCAUUCAGAACUAUCGAGCCGGACGCAAGUACUGUAAUCGAACUGACUGCCCCCUCACUCUCUUCCAGGUUCCGACUGCGCACCUCUGGUGAUGCAGAGGCCGCUGCAGCUGGAUAUGCUGGGGUUGUCACCUCUUACGUGGGAUUUGGUGUCUGCGUUGUCAUCGGCCUCUUAUUCGCUAUCCUGAUGCCCUUGAUUGGUCUGAUUUUCUGCUGUGCCCGUUGUUGUGGCAGGUGCGGUGGUCGAGUGCACCAAAUGGAUGCAAAGAAAGAUCCGUGUAGGCGAGUGGCCUACACCAUUUGUGUUGUCAUCAUCGUUACGAUUCAGCUCGUUGCGAUCGUACUUGCUUUUAUUAACCACUUCCUUCUGCACGAGGCGAUGGUGAAUCCAGACUCCCGCUUGGGCACUUUCAGCAAGUUGAAUGAAAGCCUUGCUGACACUGAAAAAGCUUUGGACGAUAUGUAUAAAAUGGCAGUCAACACGUCCUCGGUCGAUUUGAGCACACAAAAGAACCGGUUUCUCUCUAUUGUAGAUGGCAACUUGAAAGAGUUCCAGAAAGAGUUUGUCCGCAAAUCACAUGCCGACUUGGUCCUCACACCGAUUGCUGAAUUACAAUCCACUGUUCGCUCGUUCGACGUGAAUUCAGAAGCCGUAGCGUUUUUCCGGCAGUUUUACUCUGACCUUUCCAAACUCAUUCAAGAACUGCCCACCAUACGACAAAAUCUGAUGGACACGUUAGACACGGAUUGUCCCUGGGGGAACCAUGUAGAAUGCACCCAGUUGCUUCAUCUAGCUCAGUCUAACCUGAAGACACGGUACACCAUGGAACAGUUCCAAUCGGAUGAGCUAAAAACUCUGGUUGAACAAAUCCAGCGCCAUUUGAAUGAAGUUGAAAAUCUGAACGAAUUCAACAAAACGCUCAACAGUUUGGCCAGUGUGAUCAAAGCAACCAUCCAGGACGACUUAGACCGUGCUUGGACUGACUUAGCGCAGUCCCCAGCAACCCGUGAGAAAUUGGCUCGAAGUUUCGAAGAUUACUUGCAACAUAUCUACACGUAUUUGCGACAGGCACGUCAGCGACUGACGAUGGAUGGUGAUCAGAAUGCCCGAAAUGUUUUCAUCAGAUUCGUGGAGUUCCGAUUCUAUGGUGGUGUUGCACUUCUGUGCAUUCCCGUCCUCAUCUUCCUGCUUAUCUAUCUUGGAUUAUGCUUUGGCACAUGUGGUCAUCGUCCUUACGAAGAAGCUGGUGUGUGCAAUCGUGGCGUUGGUGCUAAUUUGCUACUUGCUGGCGUCGGUUUCAUCUUUUUAUUCUCCACGGUGCUGAUGCUGAUCUGCACCAUUCUGUUCGUUCUCGGUGGCCCUAUUCAAACGGAAGUUUGCCGCUACUUAACCGGACAAGUUCCGGAUGGACCACGUAAACUAGAUGAUUAUCUGCACCAUACAUUGCAAUACAUGAUCGACAAAAUCCGCCGAGAAGAUCGAAUUCGGCAACAAGAGGAGGAGCUUCGGCGAGCGAAGUACGGUGAUUCGACUAUUGUGAGCCACUCGGAAAUGUCACCCCAUUUGGAGGUGGUCUUAAAUAUUUCGCGUGCAAGGCUUUUGGAUGCAGUUUUGACGCGUUGUGCCAAUGAACCGUUCGUAGACGCCAUCAGCGGUGGACAAAUCGUUUGGCCUGUAUUGCAUGAGCCCAUUCAGUCGAUACUGGAAAACCUAAUCACUGCGUAUAAAGACACCAAUCUGGUUGCCCCUCUGGACCAAACAGUUCAAAUCUGUGUGAGCGCUCUGGAACGGACGAACUUUUUGGAUUCAGUGAACUUUACACAGGCGAUCAAUCAGGCUGAUUUAUCCGUUACCCAAAUCGACGACCUGGAGGGAUUCGUUUCGAGUUUACGAAAAUUAAAUGCGGAGGCACUUACUCCACAUAUAGAUGAACUCGUUCAGAAGGUUGUGCGGUUGGACAAGGCACGGGCCCAGGCACGCCAUCUUUACACCAAACUCGAUAGCAUUCCAGGUCAACGGCGGCAACUCAGACUGCAACUCUCUGAGUUUAGUCGCAAGUUGGCAGAAUCUGUUCAACUGACCAUGGACGUGGGGCUGAAAAAUUUACGUCCUUUGUUGGAACACGAACUGCAACUGGCAGUAAUUGCCACCUGGCGUGACAUCCCCUGCCAGCCUCUUCGUUCAGCUGUCAAAGGCGGCGUGGAUGCUGUUUGUGUUAUGCCUUUGAUGCCUUUGAAUGCUUUUUGGGCAGGUUUAGGCCUCACGCUGUGGCUCUUCAUUCCACUAAUCAUUUUCGCCGUCAAGCUGGCCGGUUUAUAUCGAAAGACGGAAAAGUACAGUUCGGAUUAUGAAGAACCUGAUUAUAUCUCCUAUCGUGGGUUUUACAUGCGUCCGUCCAAUGAAUCUCAAGGUGUAUCUCAGAAACCACGAAACAAGUUGCGGAAACACAAAGGCUAUUCUCUCGUCCCACAGCAAGUGUAAAGCAUUCAGCCAAACCAACCAAAAACAGUCCCCACAAUCGGAGCUCAUCAAGCGGUCGUGGAAAUGCACACUCCCGGUACCAUCAAGUUUCAGUCUAUCCGUAUGACGCCUACGAAUAGUUGCUUCUCACGUUGCUCCACCCACAUCGCAACUACCAUAAAAUUAAUUGAAUACUUUCUCAAUGAAGGAUAUUCCUAUCUGUAUUGACCCCGAAGCCCCGUGCCAGCUAGAAUCGUGUCUAUCACGUGUUUAUCACCGGUUUAGCAGCCACAUCUCUUUGUUUUUCAUUGAAGCAUCCAUCUUCGCGCAAAUUCCAUCUGUUUAGGCUGCCGUCAGGUAGACCACGAUCAUGUCUCCGAAUUCGUUCUUUUAAUUGCUUAGUUUCCAGUCGCUUGCACUGAGACUACGUCGCUCUCCCAAACUGCUUCAAGAUUACUAUGGCCGCCCAUCCGGAGUGGCUUUGUACAGACCGCUUCCUAAUUGUCGUAUUUCGUACACACAAUCGCUUCCUCAACAUCUCUAUACAAUUCAUUCGACGUUUCCCCCGCUAACUUUCUGUUUUGAGUUUUCGUUGUGCUGCAUACUAACACUGCAAUUGAUAUCUUCGUGAUUCGUUACCAUGCUAUCCACGUAUGCUACCGCUGUCCCGCUUUUAAUAGGUCAGUCGAAUUCGUGCUCUAGAUCUUAUUCACUUCUUUAUUCCGGGACGUGUGCACCACAUUUUUGAUCCUCGGGGUACCCUAUUAGCCUUC